UUCUACCCUCUCCACGCGAUGUCCGCACAACUGGUGUUCGCUUGUAAUAUUGGGAAUCGUCAGUACAUUUGCACACGCGACCCGAUGCGACAAGAAGCGCGCUAUUUUACCCUUGAUUAAUUAAUCCGACACGAGGGAUGUGUUGUUGUUCCCGGUGUUUUUGAUGUGUGAGUGCGGUCGGAGAUGAAAUGAGAUGAUGGCAUGUGCGACUUCACUGUGGUAACUCGGUGCAGUCGGCACUAUGUGGACGUUCCUCUGCUACUUUACGGUCCUCGCAGCGUGGAUCUUCGCCUUCGAAAAGCGCAUCUUCGAUGUAACGAACCUGCCUGUCCAAAGUAUCAUCAUCAAAGCGGGCGAAAACAAAUCUCUUGCUUGUCCUGGAGUAAACGAACACUCUUUAGUGAUAGCCUUAGAAUGGCUCUCUCUAACUCACAACGUCAAGCUGGUGGAGUUCAUGAGUGAUUCUACAACGGUCUGGGUUAAUCAACAUCGCAUUGCACUUCUUCCUGAUACUUUCGGAUUAAGUUUUCAUCCCGCAAUUGCCGAGGACAGUGGUGACUAUGUUUGUUUAGUUAAUAGCAGACCCAAGCCGGACGGCAUCGUUCGUCUCAUAGUGCAAGAUGUGCCUGAUGCGCCGGGUCGCCCUCUCAUCGUCAGCUUUACGUCUAGGUCGGUCAACCUCUCGUGGGCCCCCUCGCAAGACACGCACCACAGUCCAAUCACUCACUAUAUCAUCCACACUCGGGUUGGCGAGAACGGCGAAUGGAAUGUGAUAGAUGAAAUUCUUACUCCGAACAACGAGAGCAGUUACCAAGUUACAAGCUUGCACCCUUACACAGUGUACAGUUUCAGGGUGGUAGCAGUGAAUGCGAUGGGGGCCAGUCAGCCAAGCAAAGAGUCCUAUUACAUGGUUACACUUCGAGAGGCUCCCGCGGGAAAACCGACGAUCACAACUGCGCAUAAUACCUCGUCGACAGCAUUACACAUCAGCUGGCGACCGCCUCAUCAUGAGACCAUCCACGGCGAAUUUUUGGGCUACCGUAUAGCAUAUCGGCCGAGGGACAGAGGAGACGAAGCUUUCAAAGAGAUAUACAUCCGGGACCCGAAUGUAGAGAGCCACACUAUACAAAAUUUGGAGACCUACACCCAGUAUCUCGUCUCGCUCCAGGUGUUCAACCCCGAAGGACCCGGGCCCAACACCACGGUCCUGGUCAUGACCGACGAAGGAGUACCUAGCAAGCCGCGAGAUCUCACCGUUUUGGAAGUCUCCUCUGAUACCAUCAUGCUCAGAUGGACCCAACCUGAGAAACUCAAUGGGGCCAUAGAAGGAUACAGAGUUUAUUACAUGUAUAACAACUAUACUGACACGAACAGUAGAAUCAAACCUGUAUCGCCUUAUAUCACAUACAACUUAACCAACUUAAAGCCGUUUACUGAAUACAAAAUAUGGGUUAAGGCAUUUACUAGAAACCACGAGGGAGAACCAUCUGAUCCUAUUUACAACACAACCGAUAUUAGCGGCCCAAGCUCGCCAAAAUUAUUGAACUUAACUUGCCAAACACAAGAUACGAUAUUUUUCCAGUGGGCCAGACCAGAGCAUUUUUAUUAUUCUAUUGAUUAUUAUUAUAUUUAUAUCUAUUUAAAUGACCGCAUUUGGAAGAACAUCUCUAUUGAAUCCUCCACGGAGCACCUAGAGACCUCGUACUCAGUGGAGAACGUGACGACAAACACCGAGUACCAGGUCCAGAUGCAGGCCUCCACGAGGAGCAACCGCACUAAGCGCAUAGUGAGGGGCCCUUUAUCGGAGCCCAAGACGGUCUACAUGCGUUCGGACUGCGAUAAAAUGCAGGAAUACAUGCGUCACACCACUCACGAGUUGAGUGCCGGCGUUUUGGCCGGUGUGAUUUGCGCCAGCUUCUCGUUUUUAUUGGCCGUAUCAGCUUUUAUCCUCUGGAGGUACCAAUACACGUUAAUUAAUCAGUUCCCCCCUGAUUUAAUAAGCGCGCAUCCUGUUUAUUUCAGAAAAUGCUUUCGCGUCUCGUACUAUUAUCUGGACGACCCCCCGUGUUCGGUGCCGACGGCUUCGCUGGACUGGAAUGCGCCCCCUGACGGGAACAGCGAGCAUAAAGGGGCCAUUCCGGUGCACCUCUUCCCGAAACAUGUGGCGGAGCUGCAUGCUGAUGGGGAUAUCGGGUUCAGUAAAGAGUAUGAGGCCAUUCAAGCUGAGGCCACGACUGAUGAACACACUUCGGAACAUUCACAGCAUCCCGACAAUCGUGUUAAAAAUAGAUAUCUCAACAUAAUUGCUUAUGAUCAUAGUAGAGUUCAGCUGCUCCAAAUGCCAGGACAGAAGAAAAAUAUCGAUUAUAUUAAUGCCAAUUACAUUGAUGGGUUUCAAUGGUCCAAGGCCUACAUUGGCACGCAAGGGCCGCUGCCAUCGACCUUCGAUUGUUUCUGGAGAAUGGUGUGGGAGCAGAGAGUUAAUAUUAUCGUUAUGAUUACUAAUUUAGUGGAAAGGGGAAGAAGAAAAUGUGAUAUGUAUUGGCCCAAAGAAGGAACAGAAACAUACGGUGUUAUCCAAGUUAAGCUAGUCAAAGAAGACAUUAUGGCAACUUACACAGUGAGAACGUUGCAAAUUAAACACCUUAGGAUUAAGAAAAAGAAAGCAGCAAUGGCGGAGAAGUUAGUGUAUCAGUACCACUAUACUAACUGGCCUGACCAUGGCACACCCGAUCAUCCACUCCCUGUGUUACAUUUUGUUAAAAAAUCAGCCGCAGCCAAUCCUCCUGACGCAGGACCAAUUAUAGUUCAUUGCAGUGCUGGUGUUGGUAGAACUGGCACUUAUAUAGUUCUAGACGCAAUGCUCAGACAAAUUCGUAGUCGGGGUGAAGUGAACAUUUUCGGUUUCUUGCGCCACAUCCGCUCCCAAAGAAAUUUCUUGGUCCAGACUGAAGAACAGUACAUAUUUAUCCACGAUGCGCUAGUUGAAGCAAUUGAGUCAGGAGAAACAAAUAUAAGCCGCGAACAGUUCCCCCGUUAUGUUCAAAUGCUGCAAAACCUAAACACUGAAGAGAAAAGUCAGUUGUGGAAACCAAUUGACGUACAAUUUAAAUUAGUCACGAGUUUUCAAUGUAAAGACUUCAAUCUCGUUUCGGCAAAUAAAGUGAUAAAUCAGCCAAAGAAUAGGACGGCAAAUAUUUUGCCGGUGGAAAGUUCCCGUGUACAUUUAACUCCGAAACCGGGCGAAGAUGGCUCUGAUUAUGUUAACGCAACUUGGAUGCAAGGGUUCCACAGUUUGCGUGAAUUCAUAAUAACGCAACAUCCACUCAAGACUACAAUUAAAGACUUUUGGCAAAUGGUCUGGGACCAUAACGCACAAACUAUUGUGAUGCUUAGCAUUAUUGAUAAUCAAGAAUUUGAAGUAUUCUGGCCUAUGGAUCAAGAAACGGUGGAUGCGGACAGCUACAAAGUUAAGUUAGUUAACGAACAAGCGCAAUCGACUUAUGUGACAAGAGACUUCACGAUGCAGUCGCUCCAAGACGAUUAUGAAAUACCCGUUAAGAUGAUUCAUUGCACUAAUUGGCCACACCACUGCUGCAGUAUUGCCGAAAUUUACCAUCUGCCAAAUACAGUCCUGGAUAUGGGCAUCCAGAACGGGCCUGUUGUCGUAGUAGACAGGUUUGGCGGUACGGAGGCGGCGUCUUUUUGUGAGUUGACAACGCUGAAGAAACACUUGAUGUAUGAUAAUCACGUGGACGUGUACAUGUACGCGAAGUUGUAUCACAAUAAGAGGCCUGGUAUCUGGGGUUCCUGUGAUGAUUAUUUGAGGCUCCAUUUGGCAGUUCAGACGCUGUGUAGUCCGCCGGAGGGCACGCCCGACCUGUACGCGAUGACAAAUGGGGCGCUGAAUGGGUCUUUAUCAAAUGACUGUGUGAGAGUACCUCCUGAAGAAGCUCCUCUAAUAUCCCAGGAUGUUAUGAAGUGUAACUGAUAAUGAUUUCACUUGCGUUGCAUGUUUUGUUAUUGUAAGUGGACAAUAGUGCUUCAGAGGAAAGGUACUAAGUUCUCAGUUGAUGUUGAUAGAGCCAAGUGAAAUGAUGUGAUGCACUAUACCGACUAUUCGUUUAUUACAAUUAUUUGCCUCCAAUAGACUCAAGAUGUAUAAAAUUGUAGUUAUGUGUAAAAAGAUAUGCGUGAACAUGAAUCAGAUAUUUAUAUAAUAUGUGCAGUGUAGAAUAAUUCAGUAUUUAUGUAAGUGUAUAGACUUAGUUUUUGUAUGAUAUUGAUUUGUAAGAAGAGUACAUCGAUCAUAUAAAACAUUCUGACUUGUUCUGGACCAAUUUAGUGAUUAAUAUAAAUUCUCAUGGUCCUUCAAGACAUGACUGCUCACAAGGCCUUGAAAGGUGUCUACUGACAUUGGCAUGGCUCUUCUCAUUUUCUACUGUAGAAAUGGCUUAUUGAAUAGAAUAGUAUCCGUCCACCAGGCGAUGUAUCACUCAACCCAACUCACUAGACACCUUUCAAGCCAUUAUAUCAUAUAUUGGAUGCCGCAAUCUCAUUAGGAAGUGUUCAAUUUUAAUUAAAUUUCAACUUGUUAAAAUACUCUUUUUUACAUUUUUAAAUCAUAUUAUUUUUGCAAAUUAUGCGACAAGUUGAUUUUUAAUUGUAGGCGAGAUUAUUAAAAGGAGUGUCAAUAUUUACUUCAUCGUUUUUUAAACCAAAUUUAUUUUAUUUUAACUGUAUUGAGUCUAAUAUUUAUGAUGAUCAAACUGUAGUACUCUUUAAAAAAAGUUUUUCAUCACCUUGUGUAUGUUGCAUUAUAUUUGUGUUAAAUAAAAGAAAUUUUUAAUAACAAA